AUGCACCUCAAGCCCUUCAUCCAAAUGUGGGAUCCUGGCCCUCUCAAACCUGUCCAGAGGUUGUACUCACAAGCCUACACCUCGGACAGGAUGCUAGCGCUCGAGAAGGAGGUCAUGCGGUCAGUACCGGAUAACUGCGAGUAUGAAGUGGUGGUUGUUGCCAUUAUGCACCAUUCCGACUCCACCAACCUGACCCACUUUGGGACGGCAUCAUUGUGGCCAGGAUACAAAACAUAUGGCAACAUGUCAAAGUAUCUUCAACUCAAUUUGUCUCAAUUCACAGUAAAUCAUGUCGUGUAUGUGCCUAAGUUUCCAGACUCUUUCUGUGCUGAGUACGAGAGGUUAGUUGACGAGACGGCUACAACAGAGGUCCUGCGUUACUGCAAGCGGGAACUCAUCCAUCUCGUCUGGGGUCUCCUACUCAACAACCCCAAGUUUGUCGAUGCAUACCUCAAUGUGACAUUAGAGCGAUGUGCAGAUGGAAUCAUGAGGUUACUAUUCCCUCGCCUGUUCCCUCAUUCAGCUGAUUAUGUCGAAAAAUAA